AUGGGAGUUCCUGGGAAAAUUCUGUGCAUCCUAAUGCUGCUUCUGCACAAUAGUCAGCAACAAGUGUUUAAUGAUAAGAAAACACUCCAUCUCCCUAAAAAUUAUAACAUUGGCUGGAUGAAAACUCUGGAUGAUAACAAGUUGAUUUCCGACAUCACUAUUCCUGGUACCCAUGACAGCUUGGCCCUUCGUGGAGGACCAGCAGCAGAAUGUCAGGCAUGGUCGCUAAGGGACCAGCUGAAUGCCGGCAUACGCUACUUCGACUUGAGAGUGUCUGGGGACGAUCUGAAAGUUGUGCAUGGACCGAUUUCCCAAAAAACAACAUUCUUUGAGGCUUUCAACACAAUAAAGGACUUUUUAUCUAUAUUCCGAACAGAGACAGUGUUGGUCAGACUUAAGCAUAGCAGCAAAUUUCCAGAUCAUGUUAUAUCCGAUCUUAAACAUAAGUCUAAUACUUGGCUUAGGAAUGAAAUACCAAGAAUUAGAGACAUAAGAGGAAAGGUUGUUUUCGUUCAAAAAAAAAGCUUUCAUCUGGGUAUCAGUCUAUAUGAAACUGAUAAACAUGGUGACUAUAAAGUAGGAAGAGUGGGAAAAAAGAAAGAUAAAAUUAUUACCCAUCUGAAUGAGGCUUUAGAAGCAUGUAGAUCUGGUUCUGUUGUUUUGAACUAUUCAAGCGGCACAGGCUAUCCUUUAUUAAGGGUAGACAACUCCCCAAAAAGUUUGGCCAAAAAAAUUAACCCUUGGCUAUAUAAUAAUCUCAAAGGCGCUUCUGAAGAAAAAAUCAAGCUUUGUUUUGGGAUUAUAGCCAUGGACUUUCCAGGCUUUGAUUUGAUACAAGCAGUCAUCAAUUUUAAUAAAUAGGUAGGCAUAU